GCUCCUCGUGGGACGCAUAUAUGUCGAUGGUUCCACCACGAUGGAUAUCUUUUGAUUUCGACGAAACCAAUGAUCUUAUAUCCUCUAUCAUAGUUAACAUUCUCAAUAGUACUACGAAAACCAGCCUGUAAAUUCUUAUAAACUGGACUCUCCCAAAAUAUCCCAUGCACAUCCCCAUCCUACCUCUUGCCAUCCCAUAGACGCCGCAAGCCCGCCCUCAUGCACACCAACCCUCCCCAAGCUGCAGCCUCGCCCAGGAGCAACCCUAUUACUCACCACCCCAUCCCGCCACCCCCCUACACCCAUCCCAACGACCGCGGCUACGCCCACCUCGUCUCCUCUCUCACCACCCUCUUCCACCUCCUCGCCAUCAGCCUCGUCAUCAUAACCUUCAUCGCCGGCACCGCAAUCGCCCCCGGCACCCGCGAGCAAAGCUUCCGCCCCCGCGUCCUCGGGGACCGCCUCUCCAUCCUACGUAUCUCCGUCACGUUCCACGGCUGGGACACUCCCGACGGCCAGACGCCGCCCUACCAAUACGGCCCCGCCAACCCCUACGAGCCCUACAGCCCUUGGCGCAAGACGUGGGCGAUCCGGGUGUAUCUGAACGGCUGCUGCGCGCGGCCGGAGACAGAUGGGAACAGCGACUACACGAUGCACUGCCUGUACACGGGACCGGGGAGGACGUUUACGAUACGCGACGCGGUGCGGGAGUUGAGGAAGUAUGCGCUCGGCCCUGGGCGCGAGGGGUACCAAAACACCCAUUCGGACUACGUCUCGGUCCCCACGGCGCCGGGGUUUAUCAUGUACGUCGUCGCGAUGCUGAGUUCGGCGGCCGUGCUGGUCUCGAGGGGGGAGGUCGAGUGUGAGAGAUCCGACCAUAUUUGAGUGGGCGUGGGUGAGGGAGAAGGAGGUGCUGUUGUGGGUGAGCGUCGGUGCGGUGCUGUGUUAUAUCGUAGGCAACACGCAGCUGACGGCGUCGGCGCGGAAUUUCGCGGACGACGCGCGGCAUUGGGGAGUCCUAGAGGUGAGCGUGGGUAGUGCGUGGUUGGGAUUGGCAUGGGGAGCUGUGGGCGCGCAGGUCCUUGGGUGGCUAUGCUUGCAGUGGUGUUUCAAGAUUAAGAGGAGGAUUGGAGUGUCUGAGGAGUAUACGAGGCAGGUGGAGUUAAUUAGUAGGGAUGCUGUGAGGGUGGAGGGGGAGCUAGGAGUGGAUGAUGAGGGGUCGCCGCCGAGUUA